CUAUCGAUAUCGCGUUAUUAUCACGGGCUCAUCCAGAUUUGCGUGUUCGUAAUGUACGUUUUGUAGUUUCGCUGGCUGAGUUCGCAGGAAAGUUUCGCACCGAGCUCGUCUUGCGCGACCGUUCUGUCUCGCAAAUGGUAACUAACGUCGGCGGAGUAGCUCUGUAAAAAGAAAUAUGGCCGCGACGGCGAAAACCGUACUGCCCGAGGAGAGCGAGCUAACCGUUCAGGAGAUCAAUGUUACCUGGCCAGUACUCCACACUGCAUCAGUUUACAUCGGCAAGGCUUGCGAGUGGUACAACAAUGAUUACAUGCUAUGUAGAAUGGAAGAAGCUGACCCGCGUCGUUGCCUCAACGAAGGGAAAGCUGUGACAGCUUGUGCUUUGGAUAUUCUUAAGAAGAUGAAAAAGCAUUGCCUGGAAGAUUUUAAUGCAUAUAUGACUUGCCUCGAGAGAUCAUCGGGAACACUAGAGCUUUCUCUAUGCCGAAAAACGCAAGCUGCCUUGGACCAGUGUGUUCUUAAUAAUUUGAACAUAGAACGUCCACCGUACGGUUACUUCUGUGAGGCUAAGAUACAUCACACGUCGAGACCACGACCGGAGAUUCCACAAACAACAUUUCCAGAUCCGGUUCCUGGAAUUCCGCCCGACCAACCACGUGAAAAAGGGAAAUACCAUAAUCGCACCUGGUACAAAAGUUAAAUCUCUCGAGGAAUUACCGCUAGUACUCCGGUCGUGCUGUUACGAAAGUUACGUUGCCAGACGAUUCGGGGUGCUUCAGGUAAUUAGAAAAUUAUAGAGAAUCGAGGGUGUGUCGCAGUCGCGUUUCUGAAUACUGUAGAAACAUUCGUUUCGUAUGGAAAUGUAUAGAACAGCCACUGUACAUGUGACAUUGUUAAUAUAAAUUAAUGAACAGCAAAAUAAGUGAUAACUCUCGCUUGUUCGUUGUUGUUUCGCCUUGUAUAAAUAUAGAUACCGUCACUAUACCGU